AGACCCCUAUCUUCUACUCCGCAGAGACAAGAAGACAAAGCAAGCACAAGCCCACACCACACCACACCUCUCUGUUUUCCUUUUCUUCCCUCUCUAAACCCAUCAAAAACAAAAAAAUAAACUCUUUUCAAUCUCCUUGUACAGCUCAAAACUUCAGGAGAAGUUUCAGCAAACCAGAAAAAACGAUUUCAGGGUUCAUCAGUGAGAUGAACGCACUCCUUUCCAUCUCUUUCGUAGUUCGAUUCACCCUUAAAUUCCCUUGGACCACCGAAAUCUCACCCCUGUUUUCCGAAAAAUAAGCAAUCAUCAAUUGGGUACACAAUAAAUUUUGAAUUCAUCAUCAUCCAACAGGUUGGUGUUUGUGAAUUACUCAAAGCAAAAUGUAUCUGCAUCCUCAUCAUCACCACCGCCUUCUCCUCCAAACAGAUUUAACUCCGCCGCCGGGAAAUGGAAGCAGAGCGAGAAACGCUUUCGGCAACGAAACCAAUUUCGACACCAACAUGGUGAUAAUCCUCGCAGCUCUGCUCUGUGCUCUGAUUUUUGCACUUGGGUUGAACUCAAUCGUCCGCUGCGCUAUCAGAUGUAGUCGGAGAUUCGCUUUCGAGUCGCCGGACGAGACGGCGGUGAGGCUGGCGGCGACGGGGCUGAAGAAGAGCGAGCUCCGGCGCAUUCCGGUGGCGGUGUAUAGGUCAGGGAUUGGGAUUCCGGCUACUGAUUGUCCGAUUUGUCUCGGUGAGUUUGCUGAUGGUGAGAAGGUUAGAGUACUGCCAAAAUGUCACCAUGGUUUUCAUGUUAAAUGUAUUGAUGUUUGGUUGAAAUCGCACUCUUCGUGUCCGACUUGCCGGCAGUCGCUGCUGGAUCCUACAGCGGCUGCUGCGGCGGCGGCGGCGGCGGAGAGUUCCGAUGCGGCGGAGUUGGAAGGUGGAUUCCGGCAUCAUCAUCAUCAUCAUCAUGAUCAUCAUCAUGGAAAUGCUUCAGGAGGAGCUGGACAUGGUGGUGAUAUGACUGAUGAAGUGGGUUGAGAUUAGCAUGAAUGAAAACAUUCAAAAACACCUUAAAAAAAAAAAAAAGAAAAAAAAUAGAGAGAUAGAAUUAGAAGUUUUUUUUUUUUUUAAAUAUUUAUUUUUUUUAGUAAUGUAAUUUAGCAUUUACACUGUUUCUGGGUUAAUGAACAGUAUUCAGUUUGACUUA